GACGAGGGGAAGGUCAGCUCGCCACUGCGGGUCAUUCUGCUAAAGUGCUUUCAGUGCUUUCUCACCGAGCUUCAUGCGAGACUGGAAAAGGCCAUGAACACGGAGUCGGCGCUCGCAGGCCUGCUCAAGCUGCAGCGGGUUCAGAAGUCGGAAAUGGGAGUGUUGCAGUGGAACUACUUUCGCUACGAUGCCCAGACCAAGACGGAACAGCUCAACAAGGAUUCGAUGCCCGUCGAUGCGGAGGACUUGUUGGAGCAGCUUCAGAAAGCCAUUCGGCUCCUCAGCGCGGACACCCUCCACCGCUUUCAUGCCACCAGACCAUUGGCAGAGAAUUACGAGUCGGAGAGCAUCAGCUUCUUGAUUCAGACUUCGCUUCGCGGGAAGUUUCUUGAUCAGCACCUCCGCGUACUAUCCCGUUGUGCAGUCGUGUUCUUGAUGGGAGCGAAGAUCAGACCAGAAAAGAUUCACGGAUCCGCAUUGGCACCGAGAAUUGCGGAGAUGCUGCGUUGA